UUCGCUAAAUGAAAGCACGAAUGUGAAUGUGAAAGCGCAAUGGCGCGACUCUGAAUAUUUUGAGUGUAUGGUUUCUGUUUUGGUUACAUGAAUUACCCUAGCAGGGACUGAAACAGGGGAGAAAGUUAACAAAUGGCAGUUCGUCCAGAGCCAGGCCUAAUUCAGAGGCUAGAUGAAAUAGUAGUUAACAGGAUUGCAGCAGGUGAAGUUAUCCAGAGGCCUGCCAAUGCAUUAAAGGAGAUGAUAGAGAAUAGUCUUGAUGCUGGAGCUACUAACAUUCAGGUUACUGUGCGACAAGGAGGGUUGAAGAUGUUGCAGAUACAAGACAAUGGAUCCGGAAUAAGGAAAGAAGACAUGACCAUUGUGUGUGAGCGCUUUACAACAAGUAAACUUCAAAAGUUUGAAGACCUGCAGACCAUUUCUACAUAUGGUUUCCGUGGUGAGGCCCUGGCCAGCAUAAGCCAUGUUGCUCAUGUAACCAUCACUUCCCGUACACCAGAGGCAAAGUGUGCCUUCAGAGGUCAAUACACUGAUGGAAAGCUGAAAGAACCAGUAAAGCCUUGUGCUGGAAAUGUUGGCACACAGAUCACGGUAGAAGACCUGUUUUACAAUGUUCCAACACGUCGCAAAGCACUCCGUAGUCCUGCUGAAGAGCAUUCAAGGAUAGUUGAGGUUGUUAGCAGAUAUGCCAUCCACAAUGCUAGUGUGGGCUUCACACUUAAAAAGCAAGGUGAAAGUAUGGCAGAUGUCAGAACCCCACCUGGUUCAAGUCAGUCAGACAACAUUCGGACUGUGUUCGGUGCCUCUAUUGCAAGGGAACUGCUAGAGAUCGACCACGAAGUUAAAAAAUUAUCUGUGAAAAUGCAUGGUUUGGUCUCAAACGCCAAUUACUCAAUGAAGAAGUCAGUUUUUCUUUUGUUCAUCAAUCAUCGCUUAGUAGAUUCGAGUGCUCUCCGAAAGGCCAUUGACAGUGUGUACCAGACAUACCUUCCAAAAGGCACUCAUCCGUUCUUUUUCUUUAGCCUCGAAAUAGCUCCACAAAACGUCGAUGUAAACGUGCACCCGACGAAACAGGAAGUUCAUUUUCUUCACGAAGAGUCUGUCAUUGCCAGUAUUCAAGAGGCCAUCGAGGCCAAGCUUUUGUCAACCAGCAACUCUCGUACCUUCUUUGCUCAGACGCUGCUUCCUGGAGCUUUGAGUGUCGAAACUUCGGAGAGUGAUCAAGACAGAAGUAAAAUUACCAGCAGUAAUCAAGCGGGGGAGAAGCUGUAUGCGCAUCAGAUGGUGCGCACGGAUAGCCGCGAACAAAAGCUGGACGCCUUCCUCUCUCGACCUCCGACGGCGUCGUCUUCCCGCCAGAUGGAGCCACAGCCAGAUACCGCGGUUGUACGAGAAGGCGGCGCAGACGGAGCUUGUGGUUUGUCGUCAGUGCCUAGCAAGAAAUUAAAACCUGUUCGACGAGAAAUCCGCCUGACAAGCAUCUUGUCCCUACGGCAGGAGAUAGAAGAGAACAGUCAUCCAGGCUUAAGAGAGAUGCUUCGGGAACACAAGUUUGUGGGGUGCGUAACGGAGGAGCUUGCUUUGGUGCAGCACCGCACCAAACUGUACCUGGUCAACACUCAUCGCCUGAGUAAACACCUGUUUUACCAGCUCAUCAUGUACGACUUUGGCAACUUUGGCAUGUAUAGUCUCUCGGAGCCAGCCCCGAUCUUUGAGCUGGCCAUGCUGGCGUUGGACAACGAGGACAGCGGCUGGACACCAGUCGACGGGCCCAAAGAGGACUUGGCACGUUACGUAGUGGAUUUCCUUACCUCACACGCGGAAAUGCUUAAAGACUAUUUUUCUCUGCAGAUCGACAAGCAAGGUAAUUUGUUGACGUUACCCAUACUACUGGACAACUACACUCCUGCACUAGCCGGCCUUCCGAUGUUUGUUCUUCGCCUGGCCACCGAGGUGACGUGGGAGUCCGAGAAGGAGUGUUUCACGACGUUUGCCAAAGAGCUGAGCGACUUGUACGCCGUCCGGCGAAACGUGUACUCAGAGUACGUUGCAUCUCACAAACACCACGAUAGCGACAACAAUGCCGGCGGCGACGCCCGUAGUAGCAGCAGCAGCUGUAGCCAGAGCCCAGCAGUCACGUGGCAGUGGACCGUCGAGCACGUCAUCUACCCUGCCUUUCGCACCCUCCUGAUGCCUCCCAAGAGCCUUUCAGAGGACACCAGCGUAUUGCAGCUGGCUGACCUUCCGGACUUGUACAAAGUCUUUGAACGAUGCUGAGACGUGCAGGGUGUUUUAAUUUAGGGGAACAGGGUGUGGAGGAGGGAGGGGUAUGCGUGCAAGAGAAAGUGUCUUUGCCUGUGUUUGUGUGUGUGGUGGCAAUAGUGCAAAAUACUUCUAAAUCCUGUAUCUUAAACACAACAUUAUGGAUUUUUUUGUUUAAAAGAUCUACCUCGUAGCCCCAGAAAAAGAAAAAUUAAGCCUUGUUCAUAUGUUUAAAGCUGUUCUCCUGUUAGCCUAAUUAUGCGAGAUGGUGUCAGGCUUGCCCGCCUCUCCCUGUCGUGCUUCACGUGCGGUAGACAGGACGGGAGGGUUGAAUGACAAGGGAGGUCAUCUAAUCUGCUAAUCUUCCUCCGAGAGACGGCCAUACGAGAAGGUGGUGUCUUGGUUGUCGUCCUGAGCAUAUCGUUGUGGAGCUGGUCCUGCUCGUGCUUGUGUCAGUGUAAUCUGCAGACCGAGACAUAAUUAUGCAAAGGAACAGACAGUGCUCGCGUGUCACCAUCAGGUCGAUACACAAUCCUUUUUAAAUCUAUGAACUAUUCAAGCAAAGCGAAGCCUACUUUCAGUGUUUCAUAUAAAUAAAAAAAAACAAAACAACCUGUGGUCUGCAGAAAUGGCCAUUGUUAUUCAUUUUCCAAAACCCGAUUCUUUCCGCGGGAUUAAAACCUGUAAAUGUU